CCCACCCAUUAUUUCCGCCAGACGUACUAAGUAACACUCACACUUCUCCGCACUGGGGAACCGCCGACAUCAGCUGAACAUUCGUCACUGAAACGAAUUUCCGAAGGCAAACAUUGAGUUCUAUUUCGUCGGCUCGAUUCUGUGUGCUGCGAGUGAUAUAAGAUUGCGUUCUGCCCGGCUUUCUCAUUGCCAUUAACAAUCUGUUCAGUGAGAUCUUUGCCUUUGAUAGAAGCAGAGAGAAAUUGUGUGGAAAGGCUGUCUGAAUUGAUCAAUACUGGCCUUGAUAAAGCAAGUAUUUCAAUUGGCACGACUCAGCAAAGUGCUCUGUUUCUUUACCAUUCUCCUCUCUUGAUUCGAACUUAUAUGACUCACGACAAAACAAAGAGAAUGAACGGUCAUCAACACUCCGCCACAGAUACGAGCGUGCGUCUCUUUUCUGAAGACUCUGUGUCUCUCGCAGAAUUCGAGAUCAUUUGCUCUCAGGUUACUCGUCCAGAGACGUAUCCACUUGCUGCCGCCAUCGAAAAGAACAUACCCAUUUACGAGUUGUCAACACCCGCCCCGGACCAUGCAACUGCCGCGCGUCUCCAGGAUGAAUGGUAUCAUAUCCUACAUUCUGGUCCUGGGUUCUUCGUCCUAAAGGGAAUGUAUGCUCCUUCUCAGUAUGGUCACACCCUCUCUGCCGCCAGCAACGCUUUUCAACAGAUCGUCAAGCGUGAGCGCGAGGCUGCCACUGCGCAAAAGGGCGACCACUUUGCCGCGGGUGGGCGUAACGACCGCAUCUGGAACUCCUUCAGCAAGCAUGCAUUGGAAGAUCCAGCUUCUUUCGUCGAUUAUUACUCCAAUCCUUGGCUGGCCCUUGUCUGUGAUGCGUGGUUGGGUCCCGGAUACCGCGUCACGGCACAGGUCAACGUCGUGAAGCCCGGGGGUGCUGCACAGAACCCUCAUCGUGAUUAUCAUCUUGGAUUUCAGGACUUUGAGAGAUCCUUGCGUUUUCCACGCUCUGCCCACGUUAACAGUCAAUUCCUGACACUUCAGGGUGCCGUCGCUCACAGCGCGAUGCCCAUCGAGUCAGGCCCUACGCGCCUCCUCCCCUUCAGCCAGACGUUCCCGCCAGGCUUCCUGGCCUACCGUCGGGAAGACUUCCAAGCCUUCUUUCAGAAACACUACGUUGCUCUGCCACUGUGCCUGGGUGACGGUAUCUUCUUCAACCCAGCCAUCUUCCAUGCUGCUGGCGCCAAUGAGACCCCUCUCGAGGGUAACUUCCACCGUUCUGCGAACCUGCUACAGAUCAGCAGCCCGUUCGGCAAGCCAAUGGAAACUGUCGAUGCCAUUCCAUUAGUCGAAGUGACCUGGGACAUCUUGACCCAAAAGUAUAUAUCUGAGGGGAAAUUUCUGAGCGAGCGUAUCAAGUCGUUUGUCCAGUCUGUGGCGGAAGGAUAUCCGUUUCCGACGAAUUUGGAUAAGAGACCCCCUUCUCCGAGUGGUAUGGCGCCAGAAAGCGAGCAGGAGCUUCUCCUCCGUGCCCUUCAGGAGGGUUGGGAUACUCAGAAGGUCGUGGGGGAAUUAAAGAAGAUGAGAAUGGAUGCGCAACCGUAGAAUAGUGGAAUGAAUUUGAUGUCAUAUAUAUAUAUAUAUAUAUAUCUACUGGGUUCAGAUGCGAACAUCUAUUAUAUUCUGUUUCCAUGGCCAUAGAAGAUAGUUGUCCAUUAUUAAUAUACAAGGUGGUAAAAGUAGAG